UGUUCUCUCUCUCUCCAAUUUGUUUCCUUUGUGAAAUAUGAGCUCUUUAAAGGUUUUUUUUUUUUGAACUUUUUCAUAAAUAAAAAUUAGAAAUUAGAAAAAGAAGAAAAAAAAAAAUGCCUCCAAGAGCUUAUGUUCUCAUCUUCUUCUUUUGGGUUUUGCUCACCAUUAUCACCCCAACUCUCAUCUAUUGGUCAUCAUGCACAAAACCAUAUUUAGGUUCUCAAGGAGAGAAAAUUGUAGAUACAAGAUCUAGAAGGGUGAUGAGCUCAAUGGAGAACAAUAAUAAGUUAAAGAUUACAACUACUUUAAACACAACAUCAUCGACGCCGUCGCGAUCGCCGUCGCCAGCACCAUCACCAUCACCUAUGAGAUGGAAUGAUACAAUGAGGAUUAAGCAUAAUGGCGAGUUGAGGACAAAAAGCCUGACCUAUCUAGCGGCAAUCUGGUGGGUGGUAUGGACGGAACGUAAUAACAUUAUUUUUCGCGAUACGCGGCUCAACGCUGCCCGGGCCUUCGAACGUGUCACGUACUUGAUCAAAGACUGGGCUGACGCACUUUGACUCUGACCGCACACCCUGUUUUGGUACCUUAUUAGGACGACCGUUUUUAGUAGUUUUUAGUAAGAUUUAUCCACAGUUGUCUAUCUUUUUUUCUUUUUCUUUUUCUUUUUUUCUUUUUUUUUUUUUUUUUUUUUUUUUCAGGACCCAUCA